AUGGACAUCCAAAGCUUAGAGCCGCAUGGUCUGGUCGAUUACCAGACGGGGAUUUCGGAGGAGCACAUCCUUAGCAGGAUGGCCUAUAACUACGGAUAUACCAGUAACUCCGAUGGCUGGCCGAUGUGGACCACCAAUAUACCAGCUUACCGGUCUGAGUUUAUACAACUGUACCAGGGGGCACCACAGAACCAACGGAAUCAACAUCAACCCCGUCAGCUUCAAGAUCAGCGACUGGCACAACAGAUACAAUGGCAGGGGCUUCAGAGUGAGCCACCGUUCGCGGCGUUUGAGCCCAUGAGCUUAUUAUACAGCUCUAAUCGCCAAGACAGAGGGCAGAGCGCCGCCGCUUACAAUUACCCACAGUAUAUACCACUCCAAAGUAGUGAAGCCCUUCCGGAACCAACAUUUGCUCUACCGUAUAGCGUCAGUAGUACAACACAAUUGGAGCUGACCCCAGUUCAUGCUCAGGUACAGGUCCUGGAACAGCGGGAUGAGAAAGAGCCGUUCAGAAGCCUUGAGGAGGAAUAUGCACAAUAUGGAAUUUCGUUGUGCACAGUCUUUGAUCACAUCCGCCAGGGGAGACUGAUCGACGCAAGCCGACUGCUUCUGGAAAUCUCAAAAUAG